AUGCUCACAUGGAUUCGUAGGACUACAACUAGACUUGGUUUUGAUGUGGUAAUAGGAAUAUCGAAUAAUGGUUUGGAAAGAAGAAACGUUUUUGUAACAAUGUUGUGCGAAAGAAGCGGGAAAUACCAUAUUCCUUUACGGAAGUUUAAAAGAGAUGACACGGGUAGUAGAAAAUGUGAAUGCCCUUUUAAAAUUCGUGGUUACAUGUUGGCUACCAAGAAGUGGAAAUUUAGUGUUAUUUGUGGUUUGCAUAACCAUGAAUUGUACUCAAAGUUACAAGGUCAUCCUAGUGUAUGUCGGCUCAAACCGGAAGAGAACACAUGUAUUAGUGACAUGAUCUUGAAUUUUGUCCAACCGAAAAAUAUACUUGCCACAUUGAAAUGGAAGAAACCCGGCAAUGUAUCAAAUAUAAGUCAAGUGUAUAACAUUUGGUACUGCACUAAUAAGGCAAUUAGGGGAGAUAGAAAUGAGAUGCAACAACUGUUGAAAUUGUUGGAUGAUAACAGUUAUGUAUCCCGGUACAGAACUUGCAACGAUAGAGUUACGGUCCGAAAUAUUUUUUGGACUCAUCCGAAUUUGAUGAAGUUGUUCAACACGUUCUCGACAGUGCUCAUUCUUGAUUCUACCUACGACACCAACAAGUAUAGACUUCCAUUAUUUGAGAUGAUUGGUGUUACAUCUACCAAGAAGACAUAUUCCGUUGGUUUUGCUUUUUUGGAGUGUGAAAAAGAGGACAAUUUUACAUGGGCAUUAGAGGUGUGUCAGUCACUUUUGAAGGAACAAUUUGAGAUGCCUAAGGAGAUUAUUAUGGACCGUGAUACUGCGUUGAUGAAUGUGGUGGCAAAGGUAUUUCCUUCUGCUAAUGCAUUAUUUUUUCGAUAUCACAUAACAACGAAUGUGAGAAGUCGGGUUAAACCUGCGGUAGGAAUGAAACAAGUAGAGGCCGAAUGUGGAAAAUUGGUGAAGGGCAGUGUGACUGUUGAAUAA